AUGCCAUCAGAUUUCCCUGCUCCUCGCCACCUUCUCCGACUUCUUCAACUCUCAAUCAACAAUCAAUCUCUGAAACUAACCCAACAAACCCAUGCUCGAGUUUGCUACUUGGGUCUCCACCAACACCCUGUGGUCUUAACCAAUUUAAUAAAUGCCUACUCUUCUUCCAAGAACCCUCUUCAAUCUCAAAAGCUUUUCGACUCCACUGAACUCAAGGAUGUAUGUUUAUGGAACACGUUAAUCAACGGCUUCGCAAAAAACAAUCUCCAUCAUGAAUGUUUCACCAUUUUUAAUACUAUGUGCCGAAGCGUUAAUUCUUCCCCUGAUGGAUUCACAUUCUCAACUCUGGCUAAAACUUCCGGUGUGAUUGGUGACAUCCCCGCCGGAGAAUGGGUUCACGGGAAGUCUAUAAAAAUUGGGUUCUUAUCAGAUACUGUAUUAACCAAUUCCUUGAUGUCAAUGUACAUCAAAUGUCACCGAGUUAAAGAAUCUCAUAAACUGUUCGAUGAAAUGCCUCAAAGAACUAUUUUUUCAUGGAACAUAAUGCUGUCGGGAUAUAUCAACAGUAAAAACUCCUUCCCAAAUUAUCAAAUUUGGGGGCUGGUAAAGUACAUGUUAACAGAAGGACUGAAGCCUAAUGAGUUUACAUUAUCCAAUCUUCUUCCAUUGUGUGGAUCAAGAUCUGGAAAGUUUGAUCAUGGAAAGGAACUCCAUUGUUAUGCAAUAAGAAAUGAAAUGAACCUUGACAUAGAUUCAAGUGUUCACUUAGACUGCUGUUUAAUAGAUAUGUAUUCAAGAUGUGGUGAAAUAAAUUUUGCUCGACUUAUCUUCAACCAAAUGAAGUUUAAAAAUGUCUUCUCAUGGACAUCAAUGAUGAGUGGUUAUCUACAAAAUGGUGAUCCAGAUGAAGUCAUGCUUCUAUUUUGUGAAAUGCAAAGAGAUUUGAUAAAACCUAAUGAGAUUUCUCUUCUAAUUGUUCUCCAAGCUAGUAACUUAUUUGCAGGGUUGUUAGGAGUAAUGCAAAUUCAUGGGUUUUCAUUCAAAAACGGUUUUACAAAUCACACUCCUUUAUGCAACUCUCUAAUAGAUAUGUACUCAAAAAACGGUGAUUUAAUCAAUGCAAGAUUAGUUUUUGAGCAUGAUUGUUUCUCAAAAGACAUAAUCACUUGGGGUUGUAUGAUCUCAGGGUAUGGAUUACACAAUAAAGGCCAUGAAGCAGUUGAUUUAUACGAUAAAAUGGUCAAAAAUGGAAUCAAACCGGAUGCAAUCACCAUUGUUGGAGUUUUAUCCGCUUGUAGUAGAUCAGGGUUAGUGGAUAAAGGUCUUGAUGUUUACAACAAAUGGGUGAAUAUAUAUGGUUUUGAUCCAACGGUUGAGAUGUGUUCUUGUGUGGUUGACUUGUUGGGAAGAUCGGGUCGGGUCAAUGAAGCUUUGACUUUUAUCAAGAUGAUGACUUUAGAACCUGGGCCUAGUGUUUGGGGAGCUCUUGUGAGUGGUUUUGAGGUUCAUAUGGAUUAUGACACAAGAGUUUUGGGUUAUGAAUCACUUAUCAAGAUUGAACCUGAAAAUCCUUCUAAUUAUGUGUCUCUUUCUAAUCUUUAUGCAAGUUGUAGGAAGUGGGAAUUGGUGGGUGAUGUGAGAAGAGUGAUGAAAGAUAGAAGCUUGAAGAAACUGCCUGGGUGUAGUUGGAUUAUUGUUAAUAGUCAAACUCAUAGUUUCUUUGUUGCUGAUAAUUCACAUCCUGAAUCUCAUAAGAUUUAUGAAAUCUUGAAUGAAUUGAUUCUAGUGAUUAGAGACCCCAAUUUGAAGAUUUUGAUUUGCUAG